GCCACCCACAAACGGAGGCACAGAGAACACUCUCUUCAACACAUAACCCUCCCCAUCUUCAAUGAAUUCAAUCUCUGGUUUCGGUUCUGACUACAUCUUCUCCACGGAUUUCCGUGGAAUCUCGCCUUCCUUGGCCGGAGAAAACGUUGCCGAUGCAAUGUGGGGAGAUGAAAUCUCGCCCUUCGUCGGGCAUGGAGCUAUCAAUACAACGCCUCCGGCGUCUGACGUGGUGCCGUCUUUUUAUGGGAUACCGUAUCCUGAGAGGCUUGGAGUUCCAGCUGUAGAUGUUGCAGAGUCUGCGUUGCCGGAAUUCGACAUGGGUUUAUGUGGCAUUACCGGAAUUCAGAGUCUUGGGUCUGGAUACCAACCGGAUGUUUAUGAGUUCGGAGAUAAUAAACGCAAUGCGUUUGCGUCAGAUUUCCGGCAGGUUCACACUGGUGGCGAUGUUUGGGCAAUUCAAGGAAAUUCAAUACCAGCAGUUGAAGAAAGAAAUCUCAAAGUUGGUCGAUACACAGUAGAAGAGAGGAAGGAUAGAAUCCUCAAGUACUUGAAGAAGAGGAACCAAAGGAACUUCAACAAAACCAUUAAGUACGCCUGCCGAAAAACUCUAGCUGACAGGCGGGUCAGAGUUCGUGGGAGAUUUGCAAGGAAUAACGAUGUGUGUGAAGAAGCUACAUCGAUGAAGAACAACAAUAACGAUAGCAGUCAUCAGGACGAAGAAGAAUACUAUGAUGAUGGCUCCCAGAUGAAGCUAAAUGAAGAAGAUUGGUUGCAAGAAGCUGUGACAAAUCUCAUGUAUCUACCUAUUUUUUCUGGAUGAUUUGGUGGAACCUGAUGUAAAAAGGAAACUUAGUAUUACAAUUUAAAGCUGUCUAAUUAUUUGAUAGAAUAAUUUCACUUUGUAGAAGAUGAAAAGGGGGAAAAAUUAGAAACUUGGAUGGUUUAAGAACCAGUGUCUAUUUAAUAUUCUUGAGUAAACUGGAAACGCCUUGUUUUCAAUUCUAUCUUCAUAUCAAGGGGACCCAAGUUUUUUGUUCGUUUUUUUUUUGAAAAGCAAGGGGACCCAAGUUGUAACGCUUUCUUUUCAUAUAUAAAACAAA